CUGAACUGAUCUAUUUAAACAAUGAGUGAGCCGGAGUUGUUGCUGGACUCCAAUAUCCGUCUAUGGGUGGUGCUUCCCAUUGUUUUCAUCACUUUCUUUGUGGGAAUGAUUCGCCACUAUGUGUCCAUCCUGCUGCAAAGUGACAAGAAGCUCACUCAAGAGCAAGUGUCUGAUAGCCAAGUUUUGAUUCGAAGCAGAGUUCUCAGAGAAAAUGGGAAGUACAUUCCAAAGCAGUCCUUUCUAACACGGAAGUAUUUCUUCAAUAAUCCUGAGGAUGGGUUCUUCAAGAAAACUAAAAGGAAGGUAGUGCCCCCCUCCCCAAUGACAGAUCCUACCAUGUUGACAGAUAUGAUGAAAGGGAAUGUAACGAACGUGCUGCCGAUGAUCUUAAUUGGUGGCUGGAUUAACAUGACCUUCUCAGGCUUUGUUACAACAAAGGUCCCUUUUCCUUUGACACUGCGGUUUAAACCGAUGCUGCAGCAGGGGAUUGAGUUGCUUACUUUGGAUGCAUCCUGGGUGAGCUCUGCUUCCUGGUAUUUUCUGAAUGUGUUUGGACUUCGAAGCAUUUAUACCCUAAUUCUUGGCCAAGAUAAUGCUGCAGACCAGUCGAGAGUGAUGCAGGAACAGAUAACAGGGGCAGCAAUGGCCAUGCCUGCGGAUACCAAUAAAGCAUUCAAGACUGAAUGGGAGGCUUUGGAAUUGACUGAUCAUCAGUGGGCACUAGAGGAUGUGGAAGAAGAACUCAUGGCUAAAGACCUCCGCUUUGAAGGCAUGUUUAAGGAAGAAUUACAGACAUCCAUGUUUUGAGCUGGUUUAGGUGGUUGGUUUUGAACUGGUUG